CCGCAUUCCGCGGACCCAGCUCCCAUUCUCCAGCAGCUGCCCUCGCGCGCUCCAAGGAACCUGCGCUACCGCGCGCUGCGCGCUCCGAACUCGCCAUGCGAACCGCGCCGCUCGCCGCGCUCUGCCUCGGCGCGCUGCUCGGCUCCGUCGUGGAGCCGCAGCCCAGCAGCGCCAGCCCCGACUCGGGGGGAGACGCCGAUUGGCCCGAGCCCAGCGCCGAGGAGAUGCGCGCCCUGGGCGCGCUGCUGGCGCGCUCCCGCUGCGGGGACGAGACGCUCUGCGUGCCGUGCUUCAACGGCACGGCGGGGGCGUGGGCACCGCUCGGCCCCGCGGCGGACGGCGUCAGUGGCCCUCACGCGGCGCUGCUGCUACUGCACUUGCUGAGGGAGCCCGGCCGCGGCUGCGGGCCGGGCCAGGGCGCCCCCCUGCCGCUCGCCUUCCUCCUGGACAGCCUCGUGAGGGCCGCCGGCGGCAGUGGCGGCAGUGGCGGCCUCUCCUCCUCGCAGACGCUCGGGCUCCUGGACUCCACUCGGAGCGGCUUCCCCCCCGCCACGCGCCUCUUCCAGAAGUGCAUGGACGCUGCCGCGCGGAGAGCGGUCCCGGCACGGGUGGUGGAGGAACGGCAGCUCGAGCACGUGGCCGGGCUGUUCCUCGCUGGGGCUCACCGCUGCUUGAGGCACGCGCUCCUCACUCCAGACUUCUUCCUCGACCACAUAUUCGCCACGCACAGCAGCGCGGCCGACGCCAUGACAGAGGAAGACCUGGCUGCCUUGCUAGAGCUCCUUCGUCUGGGCACGACGGAGGAAGGGCACGGGGACCACCAUGAGGAGCAGGCGCACGACGGCGAGGAGAAGCACCGUGGGCCCGAGGGGACGUGCUACAGCGCGCACGAGCUCUUCGACGUCUUCGAGUUCAAUUCGAGCGGCGUCGCCCGGCGCAACUUCUCCGCGCUCGCCGUGGCCAUCGUCCAGCAGCUGCUGAGCGGGGCCUGCUGGGUCCACGGCGACGAGGAGGCGACGGCGCCCGGCGCGGCCCCCACCACUGUGGAGAAGUAUGGAUAUGGAACCUUGGCGGUGCUGGUGGUGAGCCUUUCCUCCCUGAUGGGAGUCGCUGUCAUCCUGUUCACGUCGUGCCAGGAAACUUACCGAGUCAUCCUGCAGACCUUCAUCGCUCUGGCUGUGGGCACCCUCUCCGGAGAUGCCACCUUGCACCUGAUCCCCACGAUGCUGGUCCUGCACGACCACAGUGAUGGUCACAACCACGCCGAGGAGGACUUUGUCGAGAAAAACAGUCACGUGUGGAAGCUGAUGGCUCUCCUGGGAGGAAUCUACAUGUUCUUCUUGGUGGAGAAGAUCUUCCAUCUGCUGAUCGCUUCAUCUCAAGGGCAGGAUGGCGGCCAGGAACGCGAGCAGCAGCAGCAGCAGCAGCAGAACCACUGCGGACACUCGCACGACCUGGCGCUGCGCGACUCGUUCAGAGCCGGCAAGGCCGGGCGUGGCACGGCCUCCACCACACGCCUCGACACGGAGGAAGAGGCCGAGGUGACCCCAACGUUGGUCGCGCUUCCGAAGCAUCGUGGCACGUUCAAAGGAAUGAGUUCCCUGGCCAUCAUGAUCCUGGUUGGCGACAGCAUCCACAACUUUGCCGACGGGCUGGCCAUGGGUGCUGCCUUCUCGGCCUCAAACCGCGCGGGCCUGACGACUUCGCUCGCCAUCUUCUUUCACGAGGUUCCUCACGAGAUAGGGGACUUUGCAGCGCUGCUGAACUCCGGGAUGAGAGUGUGCCCAGCCCUCGUCCUCAACUUCAUUAGCUCUCUCACGGCCUUCACGGGGCUCUACGUGGGCCUGUCCCUCUCCAAUGACACCAUCGUGCAGCAGUGGAUAUUUUCUGUAACCGCCGGCAUGUUCUACUACAUCUCUCUCGUCGACUUGAUGCCGGAGCUGAUGAAAGUCACCGGUAAAUUCCCCUGGGUGGUGUUUGCGCUGCAGAACGUGGGCCUGCUGGCAGGAUGGAGCAUCAUGGUUCUGCUGGCCGUCUUUGAGGAUCAAAUCUCUAUAUGAGACAUUAGUCACACACGCACACGCGGUGAUUAGCUGGUGUGAGACAUGCACACUCUCUGUUGAACACAAUCAUCUCGUGUAUGCUCACUCCUGCUCAGGACCAACAGUACGUGUGGAUUUGAAUGCGUUAUAUUCAUGAUUGGCGUACAGUGACAAAUGGCUCAAUAUUACAUUUGUCGUGUUUAUGUACUGUAUCACAACAAAAGGGCUGUGGGAAAAUGCUUAAAAUUUUGAGAAUACUGUGAGAUACAUGAACACUAACUCUUUAUAUUGCAAUGUGGUGGUGGGCAAACUGUUUUUGAUUGUCAUGUUAUUAUUAAUUCACUUGUUUACUCAGUAAGCCUCGCUGAGUUUCAAGACUCUUUCAGAAUGGUCCUGCCAAGGAUUGCAGUAGGGGCCGAUUGUUGCUGUGUGUAAUCCCUGUUGAGUAAUCUGCUGGAAGUUUUGUCAGAUGUUUAACCAAAACCGGUUACAUUAUGGGGGUUGUUUUAAGCUAUGGGAGGAAACCAGAGUACUCGGAAGGAACCUUAGGAGCAGAUUCGGAAGAACAAUCAAGCUCCAAAGAUAAAUGUCCCUGAGUCAGGAAUGGAAUCCAGGAGCUAAUUGCGUUCGGCACUAACGUUCCCACUGUGCCACCCGGCCACCCUUUUGAAAUUGCCUCUCACGCAUGCCACAUUCACGGGAUGUGUGUGCGUGUGGAAAUGUGUGGCAAAGAGGGGUAGCAUUGAUCUUGUGCAAGCUGUGUCCUGUAGCUUGGAUUGCCUGUGGAAGAACGAGAUAUCAGACCUGGAAUCUUCCCGUAGACAAUGGCAGUGGUUUCAUGUCACUAAUAAAGCAGCCACGUGGGCCCCAUGAAGGCUUUCUUGGUGAACUAAGGUUUUCCAUUUCUGUCAUUAAGUUGCCCAGAUGAGUCAUCUCCCCCUCUAACUAAAUUCCCACGCCCCGAUGUAUCACAAUAUAUUGAUAAAGUAGCAUUUUAGAAAAGUAUGAUUCAACUUACAACGAAUAGUUCCUCCGUUGCUUUGUGGGGAUUGUCAUCCACAGCAGAGAAGCCCAUGCUGACGGAGCCCUGGACCUCACUGAAGGACUCAGUUCAUUUCCAGUGUGAAUGCAGGAGGCUAUAAUAAUCUGUGUAAAGCACGAUGUGAAUGUGUUUUUUACUCUACAUAUACAUACAUUUUGUAUCCCUCAGAGCUGGUGGGGAAAAUAAAGUGCAACAACUACAGAA